UGAUGACCAGUCCAGUCAAGCGAAAGAUGUCAUACAUAUGACGUCAAGAUCUCCUAAAUUUGCUUCAGAAGACCUGGAAUAUGCAAUGGAUCUAAUCUUUGCAGGAGGAAACCAAGGCACAUGCUCCAAAAGAGGGAGUUUUCAACAAUGGGUAGAAUCACCAGGAAUUUGCCAACUUCUUGAACAAUGGUUGACCAUAACUCCAGUCCCAAAUCUUUACAAGUCAAACUUAAGAUGCAAGAUUAAAAGAAAGCAGAUACAAAAGAUAAUUUUUGUGGAAACGAGGAAGAAAAAUCUUCGUGCUGAUCAAAGUGUGUAGAUUUCCGAGGAGGUUUCGUGACGACCAGCUGACUUUUCGAUGAUUUCGUUAAAGCCCCAGACAGCUUCUGUUCAGCACAAUCGGGUAC